AUGGUUUAUCCGCCUGGUCUUGACGGUUCACUGAAAUACUAUGUACAUCUUGAAACACGAAUUGGAAUACACGGUAAACCGGAAAAAUGUGUUAACGCCGAUGCGGACGGUUGUGGCGGUAUUGGUUCCUGCGUACACUGCGAUAUCUGUAAAAAUAUGGGAGGUAAUCUGAAAAACUUUGUGCAAAUAUAUCAAAAAGAUCAACCAGCCAAAUGCAGUAGCGAAGGUCUUCCACCAGGAACCUACGAUGAUCUGUCGUUGAAAGUUUGCCUACCAACAAAAAGCGAACUAUUACCCUUCUUAGAUCAGAAUUCUCAUCGUGCUGAACAACUAUGGGAUCUUUUCGUUAGUAGCCGAGCUAAAUCAGGAGAAAUUCCGUUGGUCAUUGCUGCUCGUCUGUUUGAUCGGCCGAUAAACAAGCUAAGUAAGAAAGAACUUAACGAUAUUCUACACGGUAGCAAAGAGGGUAUGAUCGGAUGCCAUUGGAUUUAUGCAACUGUAGCACAAAAUUAG